AUGCCCCCUUCCUCUCCCUCUCGCUCUUCCUCCUCCUCCUCGUUUCCGUCGAACUCGAAACCGUCUCUCUCUUUCGCGCUCGCGUUACUCCGAGACGCGGCAUCGGUUUUGGAGUUUCCAAUCGCCAGCGCUUGCUCGGGCGUUUAUUUUUACCGCGCGUUUCUCAAACAACAACAAAAUGGACGACACCAAUUACAAUCGCAAUCACAACGACGACGACGGGGAGGAGGAGGACAAAAUGUGAAGCAUUCGCCAUGGUUUGAGCUCGAGUGCAUCGUCACGACGUGUUUAUAUUUAGCCUCGAAAGUGGAGGAUACCGCGAGGCGAGUUUCGGACGUGUGUAACGUCGUUCGGAGAUGUCGUUUGCGGUUGCAAAAAGAAGCGGGGGAAGAAGAAGUUAAAGAAGAAGAGAAAAAGGGAGGUAGCGAGAACGAAUCGAACGAGAACGAAGUCAUCGUUGUCGGGGAGAGCUAUUACGAGAGGAAGGAUGUGGUUUUAGAGUUGGAGAGGGACGUUUUACGCGCGCUCGGGUUUCAGUUGCAUCGAACGCCGCAGCCGCACAAGUACGCUUUAGCGCUCGUGAAAAGACGGUUCGGGGAGGAAGCGAAGGCGGCGACGAAAGUGGAGGUGGCGUUGGCGGAGAACGUGAGUGUGAUUUUGGAGGCUGUUUUAUUUGGAGAUAAUUCCGACGUGGACGAUGGAGAGAAGGAGGUGAGCGAAUGGGAGGUGAAAAGAAUCGCGGUGGCGGCGGCUGCUUUGGCCGAAGAGAUGUGCGGCGUGAGAGUCAAGCCGAAAUGCGCGUGGGAAGAGUUGUUAGGUUUAGGAGGGAUGGAUGUUCAAGGAGGCGACGACAAGAACGGAAUAGAUCCAGAAAGAACAAUAACAGCAACAACAACGAAUGGUAAUGGGUGUAAGGAAGUUAUGAUCAGAAUGCGCGAGGACGUAAAAGUUUUGAAGGAAGCGUGUGCGAAGUACGAAUCGCUUAUAGAGUAUAGUUGA